AUGAAAAAGGACGACCACUCACAAACGCUGUCAAAAUGUAAAGUCAUUCUAGGCGGGUUCUUGAUACACUGCACGCUGGGCAGCAUCUACUGCUUCUCCAACAUCAGCAUUUACGUCAUCUCCUACAUGAAGAUCAUUGGUUGCUCCAAUGUAAAGUACAAGGAUAGUAGCUGGGUAUAUGUGCUUACUCUAAUUUUUCAGUGUUUUUUUGGAUUUUUCGGAGGAAUGUUGAAUCAGCAUUUGGGUCCCCAGAUUAGCGUGUUGCUUGGGGGGUGGCUGAUGUGCCUGGGGAUCCUGCUGUCCUAUUUCACUGUGUUCAAUUUUUACCUGUUUUUGAUGACCUAUGGGAUUUUGUGCGGCAUUGGAUGCGGCAUUGCCUACCCGAUUCCGCUCUCCGUGGCGGUGAAGAGGCACUACGACUACAAGGGAGUGAUCAGUGGAAUAAUCUUCGUGGGGAGAGGUAUGGCGGUUUUCCUCAUAUGUCCCCUUCAGAAUUAUUUUAUAAACAGAUACAACUACAUGCCAGAUUACACCCCAGAGUUGGAUCAUACAGACGACAAAUAUUUCAGCAAUUUGGAGAUCCUUAACAGGGUUCCCUAUUUAUUCAUUUAUGAAGGGAUCUUUUUUGCAAUCAUUCAGUUUAUAGGUGCAUGUUUGAUAGCGGACUCUGGAGAAACAACAUCAAACGAGUUUCUACCUUUCAAUGAUAAAAGUAGCAAAGUGUUAUAUCUAGACCAUAGGGGAUAUGCAAAUAAAAGUCCCAAAGGAAUAUGUAGCUCAUUUAGGACUCUCUCGAAUACAUCAAAUUUUUCACUCAAAGAAUCCACCAGUACAUUUAUCAAUCGUGAUUUUGUCUUAAUAUGGUUAAUGGUCUUCUUUAAUUGGCAAGCUAUUUCGUAUACUCAGGUUUUUUGGAAAAUAUUUGGAUUAAAUUACCUAAGUAUUGAUGAUAGAUCUUUGUCUUUCCUCGGAGCUGUAUCUUCUUUGUUCAAUAUCAUGGGUAGAAUUUUUUGGGGAUUCAUAAGUGACUUAACGAGCUUUAAAACGGCACUGAUACUGAUGAGUAUGUUAAUGAGUUUCCUAACAGUUACUUUAACGCUGUCAGGUUUAUAUGGCAAGGUUACUUACUGCAUUUGGGUAUGUCUUAUAUUUUUUUGUCAUGCUGGGACUUUUUCUAUUUUCCCUUCCAUCACUGCACAUACCUUUGGCACUCGUAACUUCGGACCUAUCUUUGGUCUCCUCUUUACUGCUAGGGCCUUCUCCAGUAUCAUCAAUGCCAUGUUGGCUGCCGUCAUUUUGAACAACGUUGGGAAUAUCGCUAUGUGUGCACUCGUCUCUAUUUCAUCCUUUGUCAGCAUCAUGUUGGCGCUGGCUUUUUAG